GGGAGACACCCCGCGCCGGCUCCCGGUUAUUUUUAGUCGCCAGCCGAGCUCCCCACCCCCGGGGAGGGAGGGGCCGAGAAGGUGGGGAGGAGAGGGAGGUCCCGGCGGCCACUCGCGGCGCAGCCGGCCCGGGCGGCGCUGGGGACAGCGGCCGCGGCGUCCUCCCUCGGCCGUGCGCGCGGCUGGGCUCCGGGACUGCGCCCGCAGCAGGGCGGGAAGGGGCGGGCUGCGCGCUCCUGCGGCGGCCGCUGCGGCCGUGCUCCUCCCGGCGGCCCGGCGCUCGAGCGCACGCGGGGCUUCACAAAUGGCUUGUCCCGCGCUCGGUCUGGAAGCUCUGCAGCCCCUGCAGCCCGAGCCGCCCCCAGAGCCCGCCUUCUCCGAGGCGCAGAAGUGGAUCGAGCAAGUAACUGGCAGAAGUUUUGGUGAAAAAGAUUUUCGGACUGGAUUAGAGAAUGGAAUCCUUCUCUGCGAGUUGCUGAAUGCUAUAAAGCCAGGACUUGUAAAAAAGAUCAAUAGAUUGCCUACCCCCAUUGCAGGACUGGAUAAUAUCAUCUUAUUCUUAAGAGGUUGUAAAGAGCUCGGCCUUAAAGAAUCUCAACUCUUUGACCCGAGUGACCUCCAGGAUACUUCCAGCAGGGUAACAGUCAAGAAUCCUGAUUAUACUAGGAAGCUGAAAAAUGUCUUAGUUACCAUUUACUGGCUGGGCAAAGCUGCAAACAGCUGUACGUCCUACAGUGGAACUACAUUGAACCUGAAAGAGUUUGAAGGAUUGUUGGCUCAGAUGAGAAAGGAAACUGAUGACAUUGAGAGUCCUAAACGCAGUAUACGAGACAGUGGCUACAUUGAUUGCUGGGAUUCUGAGCGCAGUGACUCCCUCUCCCCUCCUCGCCACGGCAGGGAUGAUUCCUUCGACAGCCUGGACUCCUUUGGCUCCCGCUCCCGGCAGACACCUUCGCCAGAUGUAGUGCUCAGGGGAAGCAGUGAUGGGAGAGGAAGUGACUCUGAAUCUGACUUGCCACAUCGGAAGCUACCAGAUGUGAAGAAGGAUGACAUGUCUGCGAGGCGGACUUCCCAUGGUGAGCCAAAAUCAGCAGUGCCUUUUAACCAGUACCUCCCGAACAAAAGCAACCAGACGGCUUAUAUCCCUGCUCCUCUGAGAAAGAAGAAAACAGAGCGAGAGGAAUACAGGAAGAGCUGGAGUACCGCCACCUCCCCCUUGGGCGGGGAGCGGCCCUUCAGUUACCCUGAAACAAUAGAGGAGGAGGAAAGUGAAAUGGGGUCUCCAGUUGAAGAAGACCCAGUCGGCCAAAUGCAUCUUGAGGGGCAGCCUUGUGAUGCUGGGGUAGAGUCACCCCACCGCAACGGUAAGGAGCAGCCACCUGCAGAGGCGCUUGAGGUGGCACCUGCUCCCAAGUCUGAAGACAAAAAUGCUGCUGAAAUCCAGAAACGCAGAAGGCUAGAACAAGCUGGAAUCAAGGUCAUGCCUGCAGCACAGCGUUUUGCCAGUCGAAAGCAAGUUAGUGAAGAGAAAGAAGCUAUUCGUGAUAUUAUCCUUCGCAAGGAAAAUUCUUUCCUGACCAACCAACAUGGCAAAGAUUCGGAAUCAGAAGAAGAAGUUCCCUGUCGCCUGCCUGACCUUGAGAAAGAUGACUUUGCUGCAAGGAGAGCAAGAAUGAACCAAGCUAAGCCUAUAGUGCCCUUGAGUCAACUCCUGUAUGGGCCUUAUCAAAGAAAAGAUGCAGCGAAGUCAGAUGGCCACAAACGGCUCUCAAAAGGAGUUUCAGGAAAGAAAAGUCUAGAACAUAAAAGAAACCAGGGCCAAACAGAAGAGAAGUCAAUAGUGACCUGUGUUAUCCGAGCUCAGGAGAGUGAACCGGUGGAGGAGGGACUCAAGAAGGUGCCAGACCUGUACAAGGAUGACCUGGCCCAGCGGAGAAUUCAGGGCAGUGCUGCCCCUCAUCGCGAGGCUCCGAGCUUCAUCACUCUCUCUGCUAUUACUGAAGCCGACUUGGAGACAUGGGAGAGAUUAAAAGUGUCAGAAAAGGCGAGGGAUGGAGAUGCUCAGCACGUCUGUGCCCCUGAGCCUUCACCAGAAAUCAAUGCAGAAACUGCCCUCCGCGAUGACUUUGCCACCCGCAAAGCCAGGGCCUAUAUGAAAGCUUCCUGCCCAAGGCAAAAGUUUGUGCACUUUGGGUCUGUGACAGAGAUAGAUCAGCAGAAGUGGAGGCGGCUCAGCAUUGGCAUGGCUGGGCCUAGGGAGGAUGCAGAAGAAGUUGCCAGUCAUGACAGCAAGAUUCAAACUUACUCUGUGUCCCCUACCUCGGAGACUACUUCUGGCUUAAAGGAAGAUCAAAUCCUUAAUUCACAAAAUGACUCCAGCAACACCCUCGUGAAUUCUGGCUUAGAUGCUCGCAAAAGGGUCUUGUGUCUGGCUCCUGUGCCAGAGUCCCUGGAGGAGCAGAUCUACAGCUCGGACAAGGGCCCAAGGAGGCCAGAGCAAGUUACAUCCAAACAGCUGACACAGGAUGGCAAAGAAGAAACUGAAGGAGUUUCUCAAAGGAAUUCUGUGAUGCCACCAAAGGCAGAGAGAUCAGAGGGACUCAGCCAGACCCUAUACGGUCCGAGAACUCCUGUGUCAGAUGACGCAGAGAGCACGAGUAUGUUUGACAUGCGGUGCGAGGAGGAGGCCGCGGUCCUGCCGCACAGCAGGGCCCGUCAGGAGCAGCUGCAGCUGAUAAAUAACCAGCUGAGGGAAGAGGACGACAAGUGGCAAGAUGAUCUGGCUCGUUGGAAGAGUCGGAGAAGAAGUGCUUCUCAAGACUUAAUCAAGAAAGAAGAAGAAAGGAAAAAAAUGGAGAAGUUAUUGGCUGGAGAAGAUGGGAGAAGUGAACGAAGAAAAAGCAUCAAAACCUACAGAGAAAUUGUUCAAGAAAAGGAGCGCAGAGAGAGAGAAUUGCAUGAGGCAUACAAGAAUGCACGGUCCCAGGAGGAGGCAGAGGGGAUCCUUCAGCAGUACAUCGAGAGAUUCACCAUCAGUGAGGCCGUUCUUGAGCGCUUGGAGAUGCCAAAAAUUCUGGAAAGAAGCCAUUCAACAGAGCCAAACUUAUCCUCCUUCCUGAGCGACCCCAGCCCCAUGAAGUAUCUACGGCAACAAUCACUGCCUCCACCCAAAUUCACUGCCACUGUUGAAACCACCAUUGCCCGUGCCAGUGGUGGGGAUACCAGCAUGUCAGCAGGCAGUGGGUCUCCAAGCAAAACUGUGACUCCCAAAGCAGUACCCAUGCUGACCCCCAAGCCUUACUCCCAACCCAAAAACUCUCAAGAGGUUCUGAAGACCUUUAAGGUAGAUGGGAAAGUCAGCCUGAAUGGAGAGGCAGCCCAUGGAGAGGAGGAAGAGAAAGAGAAAGAGAAAGAGAAUCCUGCACCGGCACCUGGCCCUGCCUUAACCAAAUCCCAGAUGUUUGAAGGUGUGGCCAGAGUGCAUGGGUCCCCGGUGGACGUGAAACAAGCCAGUAACAGCGUUGAGAUCAACAUCAAGAAGCCAAAUUCUGUUCCCCAGGAACUGACAGCAACCACUGAGGAAACUGAACUGAGCACCCAAGAAGAUGAAAAUGAUGGUGAAGAAGCAAGCAAAGAGAAUGCAGAGCCUGCCUCAUCAGAGUCACAGCAUUUUACUACAACUGUGACUCGAUGCAGCCCGACCGUGGCCUUGGUGGAGCUCUCCAGUCCACAGGUGAAGAAUGAUGUGCUGGGAGAAAAAGACCAGAAGAAGCCAGAAAACGAGAUGAGCGGGAAGGUGGAGUUGGUGCUGUCCCAGAAGGUGGUAAAGCCAAAAUCCCCAGAACCAGAAGCAACUGUGAUGUUUCCAUUUCUGGACAAAAUGCCUGAAACCAACCAACUACAUUUGCCAAAUCUCAAUUCUCAAGAGUCGCCUAGCACAGCCAGUGUUCCGCUUAGAGUUCAGAACUCUUGGCGACGCUCCCAGUUUUUCUCCCAGUCAGCGGAUUCUCCAAACAGUGAAAAGUCUCCUCUCACUACACCUUUUAAGUUCUGGGCCUGGGACCCGGAAGAGGAGCGGCGGCGACAGGAAAAAUGGCAGCAGGAACAAGAACGUUUGCUUCAGGAGCGGUAUCAGAAGGAGCAGGACAAGCUAAAAGAAGAAUGGGAAAAAGCCCAAAAGGAGGUGGAAGAAGAAGAACGUAGAUACUACGAGGAGGAGCGAAAAAUAAUUGAAGACACGGUGGUUCCAUUUACUAUUUCUUCAAGUUCUGCAGACCAGCUGUCUGUGUCCUCCUCUAUCACUGAAAGCAGUGGGACAGCGAAUAAGCCAGACUUGGAAAACAGUCACGAUGAAGAAAGAGAAAGAAAAGAGAAGAAACCAUUCCAGGGGAAUGAUAAUGACAUAUUGCAUAAAACUAAGGAAAGUGAUCUUCUGGAGGAGAAGGGCAGCCUAUCGCAAGGGCCAUGGACUCCCUCUGAAAAUUCUGCAGCAAAAGGAAUCCAUCAGGAACAUCAGCUGGAUACAGAGGUUGGGGCCCCACCCUGUGGGACAGACCCACAGCUAGCUCAGGAUCCAUCCCAGAAUCAGCAAGUAGCAAACCCAACAAUGCAUGUAUUAGAAGAUGUAAAGCCAAAAACCCUCCCGCUGAAUAAAACCGUCAACCAUCAGAUUGAGUCUCCAAGUGAAAGGCGGAAGAAAAGCCCUCGAGGGAACUUCCAUGCUGGGCCCUUGUCCCCCUGUUCUCCUAACCCUCCUGGCCAAUCACCAAACAGGUACAAGAGCUCAGUGAGCCUUCUCAAGGCUGCUCGGUCUAUAAGUGGGAAGAAGCUGUGCUCUUCGUGUGGGCUUCCACUGGGUAAAGGCGCUGCGAUGAUCAUCGAGACCCUCAAUCUGUGUUUUCACAUCCAGUGUUUUAGGUGUGGAAUUUGUAAAGGACAGCUUGGAGAUGCAGUGAGUGGCACGGAUGUCAGGAUUCGAAAUGGUCUUCUAAACUGUAAUGACUGCUACAUGCGAUCCCGGAGUGCUGGCCAGCCUACAACAUUGUGAUGUGGUUUUUCAAGCUUUCAGAUCAUUGACCAUUUCUUUAUCGAGGGCAUCCCCUGGCAACUGCUUAACAAAAUCCCAAGUUCAGGGGCUCAGCAUUCAUCUGAUUUCUGAAAGGCUCUUCUGAAAGGUGGUGUCUGUUCUUUUGUAGCAGUGUUUGUGUUUUCCUGGGGAUUUUUUGUUGUUUUUUUUGUGGGUUUUUUUUUUUUUUUUUUUUUGCAUUUGCACAGCAUAUACGAAAAGAAUAUUGAAUUGUAAUGAUCCUGAAUAGUUCAAAAGGAGAUUCUUAACAUGGUCAAACAAGCUUACAGUUUAAAAUGUGUCAUUCUCUUCUUGGGAAGUAGCUAAAGGAUGCAAUAAACCUGUUGUGUUUUAGUAUUUCUAGAAAUUAAACACUUUAUGUUUACAGAAUUGAGCUGAAGAAAAUGCAAAACAUGCCAAUUCUAGUGAUCUUCUAAGACAGGAGCAUAAAUGUAAAGCGUUUCAGAAAAACUAAACAUCACAGUGAGUUCUAUAUCUGAGCUAUAUCUUGUUUUUAAUGCAGAGACAUUAGUCUGAUAAUAUAUACUGUAAUCCUGAAAACAUUUGUGUUACUUACCUUUUGAGGUAGAAGUUAUACCAAUAAAUUAUUGCACUGUUAGUAUUAGAUUUUGUGUACCUUGGAAGUUAUGUCGUUAAUGUAGGCUGGUUCAUCAAACACAAAGAACUCUUGAAAUAUCAGCUAGACUUACACUUGGAGACAUUGUCUAAGGGUAGAGAGAAACCAGAGGGAAAUAUUUCAGUGAUUAAACUUCUUUACCAAAAUCUGUGAUGAAAUGUAAUCUUCGGAAGAGCGGCAGGUCAGUGGUAGCUCUGAGGCCCAGGUGGCUUGUUUCUCCUCCAGCACUGGAUUAGGAGUCUUCAGUAAGGAGCAGAUACAAGGUGUGUGGAAUGUGAGGCAUCAAGAUAACCCUGUCAUUAGAUGUGGCCAUGGCUUACCUUUGGGGAUCAGAUGCACAGGUAUCCAAAGAGAAACAUUAAGUCCAUCCUGAAAGACUCCAGAUGACAUGAUGCAGUAAGCCACUGAUAUGUGACCAGCAAGGAGCUGCAGCUCAGAUCAUGCCUGCCUACUCUAGCGGAUGUGUACACACCUUCAUUUUUCUCUAUCACCUUCUCUACUACCAAGAACUCUGGAUUUUGCUCAUGGAGUUUAGAAAAGAACUUUUGUGGAGACUUGGCUUACUUUCUGCCCUGUGUGAUAAGUUUCAGCUGGACAAGAAAGAAAUCAAGUGACUAAAACCCAUCACAAUUUGCAUCUCCAGGCUGUUUUCUUCAAGACUGGGGAAAGGGGGACUAUUUAUUCUGCCUUAAAAUGAUGGCAAACAAAUUAAGAGGACAUUUUGUGAAUGUAGACUAUGGAUACACUCCUCGUAGGUGAUGUAGUCUUAAGAAGAGGUCAAGUAGAUGUGUUUCUUUAUGUCAGCAAUAUUUUUUCCUGUCUUACUGAGUAUGGCUAGCAAUUAUUUAUUUCCAUGCUAGAUGGUCCUUUGCAUGUGGGUUCAUGUAGGCGCAGAAAUUCCCUCACCACUGGAGAUAUUUUGACCACUUUGUCAUUUGGACGAGCUGUUAUUGGAUUGAAAUUUACAUAUAAUUUCAUUAAAAAUUGUGCCUUAGAAAAUGCAAAGCUGUUGCACAUAGUCAGCAAUGAAUUAUGGAUGCAGUACAUUGAAGAGAUGAAAUCACUUCCAAAUUUCCACGACUUCUCAUGGAAGUGUUUUCUGUUUUACAGGAAAAAAAAAUGAAAAAGAAAAAAUUAAAACAAUUUUUAAAAUGUACAGAUUAAGUCCAAUAUUUUGAUUAACCACCUGCAUGUUUUAUUAAAUAUUUUGAUUAUGUGGAUGUUUACACUUUGCAUGGUAUUAGCAAAGUACUUUACCACAAAUGAUGCACAAAACAUGUACAAUAUGGUCAUUCAUAAGCGAUUUUUAUAGAGUACUUUUUACAUGUGGAAUUCCAUCCAUUAUGUAAGGAUUGUAUGAAUAUUGCACAUUCUCUUCUGGUUCCACACACUCAUUUAUACAUAUUUCUUAGUGAGACUCAUUGUACAAGUCAAGAAAAAUAAAGCCGCAUUCUCCAACUGCAAAACAUGCUUUCCCAUAAUGAACACUAGUCACCAGCACAGAAUAAUCUCCAACAUUUUCUAAAUUCUAAUUGCCAACUGUUUCUAUUUCUAUUUGAUUUAUAUUUCAUUUAGAGUCGGUUACAUGGCAGCUUAGGCAGACUAGAUCUUGUUUUUUCCAGUGCAGCAUAAUAAGUAUGAUCUAUUUCCUUUCAAAUAAUCUUUGAGAUCCCAGGAAAAUAAAAUGCUGUGCUCUAUGGAGCUAUAAUGCAAAUAUGUUUGUUUAAAAAACAGAUGAGGCAAGUCAGUGAUUUAUUGUUCCUGAGGAAGUAUAUCUGAUUUUUUCCUUCAUACUCCAAAAGCUAGUCUCUCUUCUUUCCUAGGAAAAAAAAAUGGGUAACUGUUGUUUUUCACUAGCAAACUUUCAUGAUGUUUCUUCAUUCUUUCUAUGUAGUGUUAUUAAUGCAAUACAUAUUCUAGUUAUCUAUACACAGCGUAAGAUUUAACAAACCGAAAUGAUCCACCUCAUAUGUGAGUCCGUCCAAAAGAUGUUACUAUCCUGGGUGGGCCGAUGUUCUAUAUCAGUUACACUAAUUUUCAUUUACAAUAUUUAUUCUAAAAUGCCUCUGAGAAAUAGUAAAAAAAAAAGUUAUCUAAAAUGCACAGCUUUUAUAGCAAAUGUACAUUUAUAAAUAAAAUACUCAAAUCAA